GGAGAGCCCAGAAGAACUCAAACAGUCCGAGUGAGUUCAGUGUAGCUGAUCUAAGGGGGGGAGUGUGUACACAGUGGCUUCCACAGCUCCAUUCUGCAGACCACUUGAACAUCUCCAAAAGCCUCCUCCUGCUUUCUUAAAGACGUGAGAGCACCAGAAAAAGCGAGAGAUACAGAUAAUAAAACAAUGGCUGUGGUCAGUGCAGGUCCACUAACAGAGGAACAGCUUGCAGCCAUUGAGGAUGAGCAAGUGCUGAAUGACAUGCUGGAUAAGGCUACAGAUUUUGAGGAGAGAAAAAUGAUUCGUGCUGCCAUGAGGGAACUGCUGAAGAAAAAGCGGGAGCAGAGGGACCGAGAGCGUGCGGCCCGGCAGGAGAACCUGCGCCAGCAGGGGGUGUGUGUCGGAUCAAAACCGGCCAACGGUCCAAACAAUUUUCAACAACACACACACAAAUCAGCUCAUGUGAAGUCUCCAAGUCCAGCACCUGCAGCCUCACUCUCUAAAACAUCAGGAGGUGUGGCUCGUCCUCCAGCUGCUGCAGUUCAAGUACCCCGAAGCUCAGCGCUCGGCGGCCCAAACACCAAAGACGUGAAACAGAUGCUGCUGGACUGGUGCAGAGCCAAGACUGAACCAUAUGAGGGUGUGAAUAUACAGAACUUCUCAUCGAGUUGGGCUGACGGUCUUGCCUUCUGCGCCCUGGUGCACCGAUUUUUCCCUGAAGGGUUCGAGUACUGCACUCUGGACCCAUACGAUCGCAAAGCCAACUUUGAGAAAGCCUUCCGAACCGCAGAAGACAUUGGGGGCUGUCCUCGUCUGCUAGAUGUCGACGACUUGCUGCGUAUGCGGGAGCCGGACUGGAAGUGUGUGUACACCUACGUCCAGGAGUUUUAUCGCUGUUUAGUUGAGAAAGGACUCGUCAAAACCAAGAAGAAAACCCCUUAACCACACACACACACACAUGCUCAUAUACAUUCACACACAGUGCCAAAGGUGAGUCAGACACAAAAAAUGUAAACUGUCACACACUCUUGAUUCCUUACAGUCUUACAGCUAAUUUAUUGCUGUAGAGUAAUAUAUACAUAGAAUUGUGACAUAUUUUCCUGACGACAACAUAAAUCUUUUUUUUUUGUCUUGUACAACUUCAAAAAAAACCUUUUUUAAAUAUAAAAUAUCCAAAAGCUAAUAAAUACAUCUGAAAUACUCUGGUGA